CGUUCGCGUAUCCAGCACAUGAUAGGCAUGGCCCGAGCCACCAAAUAUGUCAAUUGAGCAGUGAACAUGGCCAUUGCGUUACAAGGACUGAGCGAAACUGCCGAUGCUCCCGUUUGGUGAGGGCCGCUAGGGCCGAAAAGGAAUUAGGGAGAACAACGGAAGGCAUACGCGCUCAGCGGUCGGCGAGGAUAUCCGGGUUUGGGGGCACGCGUGCGGGGGGCCCCUCGGCCUCGGAAUCCCGUGAGGGCAACCGUUCGCCGUGCCGGACAGAAGCUACACAGCUAGGAGCGGCACCUCGGAGUCAUGAGGACUCGCCUGUACCUCAACCGAUGGCUCACCUUUGUGGCGUCCUGUUUAAUGCAGGCGUCCGCCGGCCUGUCCUACAGCUUCUCCAUCUAUGCGCCGGUGCUGAAGGAGAUCUGGGGCUACCAUGAGACGCAGAUUGCCACCGUGGGCAGCUGUUUCAACAUCGGUGGCUACCUGGCUAUACCCAGCGGGGCGCUGUAUGACCGACUGGAGAAGCACAAGCGCUUCGGGCCGCGGUUCGUGGCGGUGAUGGGCAGCCUCACCCUGGCUCUGGGCUACCUAGGGUUGUACGCGGCGGCCAGCGGUCUGCUGCAGCCCCACUUCGCGCUGGUGUGCCUGUUCGCAGUGCUGGGAGGCAACUCCAGCACCUGGUUUGACACGGCGUGUGUGGUCACCAACGUCCGCAACUUCCCGCGCGACCGUGGCACUGUGGUCGGCAUCCUGAAGGCCUUCGUGGGCCUGUCCGCUUCCAUCUACUCGGCCAUCUACGCAGCCGACUUCAUGUCAGGCUCCGGUGCCUCGCCCCCUCCGCCCGCCUCUCCGCCCUUCUCCCCACCCCCUUCUUCGGAUCACCACGUGCCACCGGCCUCAGCGCUGCGCUCCCUGCUCUCGUUUGCCGCCCACCUGCCGCCUGCCGCAGUGCCCAGCCCUAGCCUGAGCCCCAGCCCUGCUCCCAGUCCCAGCCCUGCAGACACCGAUGCCCGGAACUCCGGCGCCCUGAGCUUCCUCCUCUUCAUCGGCACCGUCCCGCCGCUGUUCUCCCUGCUGCUGGUGUCUUUAAUCAAUCUGGUCCCAGAGGCUUACCAUGAGCCACAGCCUGUCAAAGAGGAGGAUGGCACCGGGCCCGGCACAGGGGCAGGGGCAUCGGCGCCGUCUGCGCCGGCAGAUACCAGCCGCUCCGGGCGGCGGCGCGGAGGCAGCGGCGGCGGAGCGCGCGGCGAGCCCGGCGGCAGUGACCUGCAGCAGCCCCUGCUGUUGCCGGAGCCUCAGGAGCGGCACGGCCUCGGCACGCAGCACCCAGCACCCAAUGCGCAGCAGGGCCCGAGCCGGCCGCAGCUCGACCAGUGGCAGCACACGCCGCGCGCGGGCGCGUCGCCUUCCUCCUCUCUGCCCGGCGCCUCCUCGCCGCAGCGUCCCGCCGCGUCGCGCUUCACCACUCAGGCGCGCUUCACCUUCACCUACUGUCUGGUGGUCGUGGUGGCGGUGUAUCAGACCGUAGCCGCGCUGCUGGAAGGCCCGGCGGCGCACGCCACGCCCAUCGAGCGGCAGGAGCUGCUUGCCGGUCUGCUGGGCCUGCUGGGCGUGCUGCUGCUGGUGCCGCUGGCGAGCGGGGACUGCGUGCACCGCAAGCCGCGGCCGGACGCGGUGGAGAGGGUGCGGCGCAACCUGCUGAUGCGGCUGGCGCGCCGCGCGCUGAGCACUGCCGCCGCGUCCGCGGCGUCGGCGGCCUCGGCGGCGUCGUUCGGCAUAAGGGGCUGGAGCAUCAGCCGGCGUGGCGCCAGCGUUAGCGUGACGGGAGGGGCUGGGGCGGGCGGCCCCGGGGCGGGCGGCGCGGCGGCCGGCGGCGGCGCAGCUAGGGUAGCGGCCGCGGGGCCAGCAGUGGUAGCGGUUGUGGCGGAGGAGGUGGUAGUGGAGAAGUUGGCGGUUGUCAAGGUGCCGGCGGAGGCGCCGCAGGCGUCAACUGCAGCCAAGACUGCGGCGCCUCUGGUGCCGGCUACAGGCAAACCAGAGUCACUGCUGCCUCCGCCCGCGCUGCCGCACAUCCACACGCACCGCGGCGGCCCCAUUCCUACCGUGCACGCUGCUGCGGCGACGCCCACAGGCGAGUCAGCCGCCACCUCCACCACGCCCGACACGGCGGCGACAGUCGCGCUGACGGAGCCCACCGGGCCACAGGGUGGUACUGGUGGCGUGGGUGUUCGUGACCAGGACCUGGAGGCGGCACUGGAGCGGCUGGAGUCGGUGCCGGCACUUCCCGACCUGACACUGGGCCAGGCGGCGCGCACACCCAUGUUUUGGUUGCUCAUGUUUCAGUUCAGUGUGGGUCUGGGCACUGGCCUGGCCUACCUCAACAACCUGGGCUCCAUCGUGGUGGCGCUGGGCGGCAAGCAGGGCGGCCAGGUGGUGUUCGUGUCGCUGUUCAGCGUGGCCAACGCAACCGGCCGUCUGAUGGGCGGCGUGUUGUCGGAGCACGUGCUGCGGCGCUACGGCACGCCGCGCACGCUGGUGCUGCUGGCCGUCAGCUGCCUAUCGCUGCUGGCGGUGGGCGGCGCCGCCGCCUCCGACCUUGGCGACCUGUACGCGGUCAGCCUGGUGGCGGGGCUGGCGUUCGGCGCGCACUGGGGCGUCAUACCCGCCGUCACCAGCGACCUGUUCGGCCUGACCCACUUUGGCAGCAACUACACCGGGCUGCAGCUGGGCCCGGCCGCCGGCGGCUACCUGCUGGCCACGGUGCUGACCGGCAAGCUGUACGACCGGGCGGCGCGGCAGCACGGCGACAGCCUGUUCUGCCAGGGGGCGGACUGCUACUUCGCCACAUGGUGUGUGCUGGGCGGGCUGAACCUGCUGUCGCUGCUGGGCACCCGGGAGCUGUACGCCCUGACCGUCAGGCAGUACAGGCGCAUGGUGCGGGCAGGCGGCGUGUGAGGAGAGAAAUGUCAGAGAGAGUGAUAGAGAGUGAGAGAAUGGGAGUGAGGCAUGGCGGCGUGGCGUGAUGCGGCCAUGCUGGUGUUUGUGCGGGUUGCGGAGCGGGAGUAAACCGGGCGAGCGGGGCUGUGGGAAGUGCCAAGCGGACGAGAGGGGUGAGGAGUGCGCACUGACGUCGCAAAGGGCUGCAGGUGGCGUUUGCUGCAUGCAGGAGGACACCCGGCGGCUGCUGUGCAUCUGCACACACCUACCCUCGACACAUACCCCUGCAUUUGCAUUUGCAUGCCAAGCGGUUGCAGAUGGUUGCAGGCCACGGGGUAUACACUUUCGAGUGUGCAUACCAGUGGGUUAUUGUUUGUUGAGGAAGCCUCCAUCUGUAGCCGUGCCUCCAUAGCCGGGCGCGGCUCAGUCCAGAGCCUGGGUCGGCCUGGGUCGGGACUCGACCUGACUCAAC